AGUUGCUUGCUCAUUUGAUAGUGUCAAAGAUGGCUCUUGCUAGUGUGUUGAAGAGUGAUUGUGCGGAUUUUUCGUUUGAUAAAUGUCAGCCGUCAGAAUUUGGUUGUGGGCUCAGGGAGACCGAUGUGGGAUUUGAUGCUACACAGGCGGAUGGAUUGACUUUUUCAGUUAGAAAUCCGCUCUCUGCCGUGGACGAUGAUGGCGUCGAGAGGAAAAUAGAGUUUCUGCAUGGAACCACCACUUUAGCAUUCAAGUUCCAGCAUGGUGUAAUUGUUGCAGUGGACUCUCGGGCCACAGCAGGGUCCUACAUUGCCUCACAGACAGUGAAGAAGGUUAUAGAGAUCAAUCCUUACUUGCUGGGUACCAUGGCAGGAGGAGCUGCAGACUGUAGUUUCUGGGAGCGCCUGCUGGCCCGUCAGUGCCGCAUCUACGAGCUUCGGAACAAGGAACGCAUCUCUGUGGCAGCGGCCUCCAAGCUGCUUGCGAACAUGGUGUACCAGUACAAGGGCAUGGGACUCAGCAUGGGAACCAUGGUUUGUGGCUGGGACAAGAGAGGCCCAGGGCUGUACUAUGUCGACUCGGAGGGGAACAGGGUGUGCGGUGACCUCUUUGCUGUGGGCUCAGGUUCCAUGUACGCCUAUGGUGUGAUGGACAGCGGCCUGCGGCAGGACCUGACCAUCGAGGAGGCCUGCGAGCUUGGACGGCGUGCCAUCUACCAAGCAACAUACCGCGACGCUUACAGCGGUGGGCAGGUUAACCUAUACCACGUCCACAGCAAGGGCUGGACCAGGAUCUCCCAGGAAGAUGUUCUUGUGCUGCACCAGCAGUACAAGGGUCAGGCAUAGUCAUGUAAAGCAAGAGCAUAGGGGAGACGAGGAAGUGGUGUUAAUACGGGGGGGUGGGGGGUUUGGAGGUUGGAGUAUGUGAGUUUUUUUUUUCUGGAAACAGAUGUUUAAUAUGUUCCAAAAUGUCAGUAGGGUCAAAACAUGAAUAAACAAGACUCAUCUGCCUAUUGAUUUUUCACUUGCAUUACUUCUCUGACCCGUUUUGACUUGUUGCUAGCUUAAAGAUUUAUAUUGUACAUUUUUUAAAAUGCCUGUAAGCUCCACUUAGCCUGCACCGAGAAUGAUUUGAGGGGUGGCAUAGAGGGGGCCGAUGACUCAAACAUGGUUUAACACGGUGUGGGAGUAGUGCAGUGCUUGCCCUACAUACAUUUCAUUUGGAUCAUACCCUGGGAAUCUACGUCUCCUUUCUCAAUAAAACCUCUGAUGUUCUUUUUUGUAA